GGGAGGGGGGGGAGUGCCAGAGGGCUGCUCUCCGAUGACACUGCUGAGGAAUCUGCCAGGUUUCCUUUUGUUCCACUCCUGCUGUAAGAACCUCUCUGUGGACCGGCUGAGGCGAAAGGCCUUGAGGUGCUGAGCCAGCCCAGUCCAAGAUGUCCUCCUCAGGGGCCCCAGGAACCCGCAUGACCUCCACGGUCAGCAUCAACAUCUCCACUCCGAGCUUCUACAGCCCCCAGAAGAAAUUUGCGCCCGUCGUCGCCCCCAAGCCCAAAGUGAACCCCUUUAAAGCUGGCGGGGCUGGGACUGGGAAUGGUUUGGAGCAGACGCCGCCUCCUCAGCCGGCCGGGUUUUGCGCCCAGAUAGGGAAGGUGGGAGAGAUCCCAGCGGCGGCAGCACCUUCUCUGAGUGAAGAUCUUCCGCCGCCCCCGCCACCCCCUCCUGGAGAAGACCUGGUUCUUUCUUCCAACAGCGCUUUCCCUCCCCCGCCUCCCCCAUUUGUGGAGCCCUUCCCCCCUGCUCCGGAAGAUGUCUUCCCAUCUCCUCCCCCUCCAGUGGUGGAGGAGGAGCCUGUGUCUUUGAGUGGGCUGCCCGCCCCCCAGGGGCAGGCUCGUGGCAAGAUGAGCAGCAUUGAUUUGGAGAUUGAUUCUUUGUCCUCAAUGCUGGAUGACAUGGAGAAGAACGAUCCCUUCAAACCCCGGGUAUUUCCUGGGUCUGCGGCCACCGCAGGUGUCGCUGCUGGACCGAAAAGCUUCUCGGAAAAUGUGGCUCUGCUUAAAGAUGUUCCCGCUCCCGUUUCUUUUCCUUCCAAUGCUGUCUCCAGUCCCAGUGGGAAUUACGUGCCCAAACCACAGGGCGAAGCGCCACCGCCUCCCCCACCCUGGGUGACUUCCAAGCAGCGUAGAGACUUGCCGUCGGCUCAGCCCCCCACGUCGUCGCCUGCUGCUCCUCCUCCACCGGCUCCGGCUGCCCCCAAGUACACACCGCCCCCUGUUGCUCCUGCCCCAAAAUUUGUCUCUAAGCCAGCUACUUCCAGUUUUCCAAAGCCUGCUGCUCCAGCCUCUUCUCAGUCUCGCUCGCCAGCCCCUUCUGGGCCUGGUCUAGCCCCAAAGCCACAGCCGCCCACUUUCACUUAUGUACAACAGCGGGAGAGACCUGUGGUCCAGGAGAAGCCCCGCCCUCCUGCCCAGCCACUUGCCCCGCGAGAGACGCGCAACCCUGUAGCCUUUGCAAACGAAGGGUCAGAUCCUCCCAGGGGAAACUCAGCUCUGACUAUGAAGGAGGUGGAAGAGCUGGAGAUGUUAACUCAGAAGCUGAUGAAGGACAUGGACCGCCCUCCUCUUGCAGAGGCUUCCACUCCUGCCGAGCUGUGUGGCCUUUGCAACAAGGCCCUGUCGCGAACGCAGCCAGCUGUCCGUGCCCUGGACAAGCUGUUCCACGUCGAGUGCUUCACCUGCUUCAAGUGUGAGAGGCAGCUGCAGGGGCAGCAAUUCUACAACGUGGACGAGAAGCCCUUCUGUGAGGACUGCUAUGCUGCCACUCUGGAAAAGUGCUGCGUUUGCAAGCAGACCAUCACAGACCGGAUGCUGCGCGCCACAGGCAAUUCUUACCACCCUCAGUGUUUCACCUGCGUGGUGUGCCACAAACCCCUGGAGGGGGCGUCCUUCAUUGUGGACAAAGCCAAUCAGCCCCAUUGUGUGGACGAUUACCACAGAAAAUAUGCCCCGCGCUGUUCAGUAUGUGCUGAGCCCAUCAUGCCGGAACCUGGGAAAGACGAGACUGUCCGAGUGGUGGCCCUAGAGAAGAACUUCCACAUGAAAUGCUACAAAUGUGAGGAUUGUGGGAAACCCCUCUCCAUCGAAGCAGACGACAACGGGUGCUUCCCCCUGGAUGGUCAUGUGCUGUGCAGAAAGUGCCACACCACGCGUGUCAAAGCGGCAGCCUGAGGGCCUCGGAGCAUGAUGUGCCCUCAGGGUACCCUCUUUUCUCCAAAAAACAGUGGGUUAAAGGUCCCUCUGCGAUUCCCACUCCUAGUCUUCUGUCCAAAUCAUUGUGCAUUUCUACCUAGAUUCUGGCGACGGGUCGAACCUUGGGGGAUCUGUUCUGCUAGCGGAGGCGUGUUCCUUCAGCCGAAAGAGCCCGUUUGAAUGUCUUGUCCUGGAGAAGGCUUCUUCCACUGGGGGAACGGGCUUCCGCUAGCAGAAGGGAUCCAGUCUAAUAUCUUUUCCUUCCCACUAAGGGGCUUCCCGGUCCCCUCUCCCCUUUUAAAACAAUUUAUCUUGCCCUUACAAGAUGGUGUCUUCUUUAAUCCCCCCUUCCCCACUCUGGCUGCAGUACAUAGUUCUUGAUGCUGCACGAAAUGACUUGGAGCAGGUCUCACCCUAAGGUUAGUGAGAAAACGAAUCCUGGAGAACCCUGUUGGCAUCUUCUAAGCUGUGUCCAUCUCCUGUUUGUGAGCCCUGUGACCUGGGGCUCUGCUUUUCCUUCCUUCAUGGGGUCCUGUGUUCAGGUUUGGAAUGCUCAACUGCACACUGAGCUGCCGGUUUCCUUUUUUUCUUAGGACCUCAUCAGACCUUGUUCUGUAGGGUGGGCAGCAGGAAGCCGUUGGCUGGCUUACCUAAACUUUUUUCUUUCCGCCAGCGAGGAAAAUGCUCUUGGGUCCAAGGUUGAUGGACCACUUCUCCCCCUCCCUUUUCCAUUCCUCCUCUUUUUUUUUUUUUUUUUUUAAAAAUCCUUUGUGGUGUUUUUGGCUUCAGCAUAGUCAGCUAUCCAAAGAACUCAUCUGUUUACAAGAAGCUUGUAAGCACUCCGAAUCUGGGUUGAGAGAGCCGUCAUCCUCAAGGGAGGGGGUUUGUUUACUCGCUGCCUCUGUACUCGGAUCACUGCCGCCCUUCUCACGUGUAGCAGCCUCCCACAGACUGUUCUCUUUGGAGCUCUCUCCGGCUGCUGAUCGCCGAGCUGAACUUGAGUUUCUGGGCUGCACCAUCAUCUUGGAUAUUGUACUGUCCCGGCCAUUCUCUGCAUCCAAUAAACUUUAUGAGGUUUGGGGUUUUUUGCAUCGUAA